AUGACCAUAGCGGAAUUCUUGAACGGAGAAGAGGGUGGAGUGGAGAUGUUGGUGGGGGAGAGGAAGCGGAGAGCCAUUAGGGAUCCAGAAGGGUGGGGGAUCGAUGAGGCAAGGGAGGAGUUAAGGAAGAAACUAGCGGAUGGAGGAGGAGGAGAAGAGGCAAGGGGGUCAAGGUUUGUGAGGGGAAAGGCGAGGAUCUCGUCCCUCCCCACCUCCUACAACGUGGUGGAUCAACUCAAGCUCACACCCGUGAGUGCGAGUGUGUGGAACUACAUCAAGGACAGCGAUAAGGAUAGAAAGGAGUUGUUGGAGGCUUUAAAGAAGGGGGAUGAGGAGAACGAGGAGGGGGCAGCUGCUAUGCAAGGGGUGGCAAAGGUAGUGGCAGCCGCACCGGUGGAGGCUAAGGGGAAGGAGAAGGAGGCACCUAGAGCUAGUAACCUGUUUUUUCAGAUCCCACAGUGUGAUGUGUAUCUCGGGAAGCAUCGGGUGACCGCGAUAGUUGAUUCGGGAGCCUCUCAAACCGCCCUCUCCCACGUGAUAGCUAGAAAGCUCGGGCUACUACCGUACAUCCAGGAUACCACCAUAGAGUUCACCACCUCUAGCGGGGAGACUUCGAAGCCGUGGGGAGUUUUGCCGGACGUGCUGGUUAGAGUAGGGAAGCUGACUCUGCCGGUGGACAUUGCAGUGACGGGAGCGAACACAUACGAUAUGCUCCUAGGGCAGGAUUGGAUCUACUCGGCCAACGCGGAUAUCUUGACUAGUAAGGGGAAGAUAGUUUACCAAGUUAACACCACGGAGACCGACUCGGUCCCCAUCACCACAGGACCAUUGGGUGGUGGUGGCCGCCCCUCCUAUGUGCUCCUCCCCUCCCAUACAACCCACAGGAACAUCAACGAGGAGGAUGAGGAGCGCAUCAAGGAAUGGAUGGAGGAGCAGGACUUCCUCAAGUGGACGGAGGAGAGGAGGGUAGCCAUGGCAGAGGAGGAAGGGGGAAUGGAGUUGAACGCGGAGGAAGAGGAUGAGUACUACCUAUGGCUAAGGGAGCAAGAUGAGGAAGGGGAUAAGGAGGAGGCAUCGAGUGAGGAGGAAGAAGAGGAGGAGAAGGAGCUUAAGGUGGUGGAUGGAGAAGAGGAGGCUUGGGGAUAUGACUUUGGGAGCCCAACGGCGGAGGAGGUAGGGGCUUGGGAGAGUGCAGGCUUGGGGAUCGAUUGGGACAAGGAGUAUGAUGAGAUGGUGGAGAAGUAUGUGGGAGAGGUGAACGAGGCCAAGUGGGAGGGAGAUUCCAUGGUGGACGGAGAGGAGUAUUUGGAUUACGAGUGGGAAGAAGGGGAGCUGGUUUAUGAUAAGAGGAGGAAGCCGAUAAGCACGGACCAUUUCUUCGAGAUGUACAGCUACCCGGCAGCAGAGAAAUGGAAUUACGUGGCAGUCGAGAGUGGGGACGAGGGGAGGAUCAUCCUAGGUAGUUACUACACCCUCAAAAAGGAGGUGCCUAGGGUAGCUUGCCCCGCGUUCGAAGACUUACCCGUUUCACUAAACCACGAGCUAGAUAAGCAGCAGCAGAAAGAGGUGCGGACGCUUUUGGUGGAGUAUAAGGAGGUCUUUUCCACGGAGAAGGAGACGCUAGGAACCCAUCCCACCAUUCGCCACCACAUUGCCACCGGGAGUGCCAAGCCGAUAGCCCACAAGCCCUACCCCAUCCCCAUGUACAUAUCCCUCUUUCCCAACAACCAGGAGGAUGAUGAGGAAGAGAGUAGUGAGUCGGUGACCAAGGGGGAGAUGGAGAAGGGUGACGAGGAAGAGGAGAGUACGGAGGAGAAUGGAGGAGAAGAGGAGGAGAGCUUUGAAGAGGGGCAGCGGCCGGAUGAGGGAAUAGAGGAGGAGCAACUGCUAGAGGAGAUAGGGCAGCCUAAGAAGAAGGCAAAGGUGGAAGGAGAGGAAGGCGAGGAGGAGACCCCUAGUAAGAAUCUCGCGUCCGAGACCGCCCUCGAUAUAUGGGACGACACCAACACGUUGUUCUUCUUGGAGAAGGGAGUGGUUGAUCCGGCAUUGAGCACGGUGGAGAAGAGGAGGGUGAGAGCAAGGGGAAAGAACUUUGAGUGGAGGGAUGGGAGGCUGCUGAAGAAGAUCAAAGGGGAGUUGAAGCCGGUACCACGGAAGGAGGAGAGGAGGGACAUCAUAGCAUUUCUUCAUGGGUUGGGGCAUUUGGGGGUGCCAAGGACCACGGACUUGGUGAAGAAGCAGUAUGAUUGGUAUGGAGUGGGGAGUGAUGUGACGGCAUUUGUGAAAGGGUGUGCCACGUGUGUGUUCCAAAAGGGAUCUUGGACGGCGAAGGGAGAGUUGCAGCCGGUACAGGUCACGAAGCCGUGGGAGAGGGUAGUGAUAGACUUCAUCGGGCAUCUCCACACAACGGCAAAGGGAGGGAACAAGUAUGUUAUCUCGGCCAUGGAUCACUUCACCAAGUGGCCGGAGUGUAAGCCGGUGAGGAGUGCGGAUGCGGCAACAGCAGCGGCAUUUGUAGCAGAGAAGAUUAUCUCCAACCAUGGCUGCCCAUUGGACGAAGUCAAAACGGCGAGGAGAGACAACGAGGAAUACUUGAAGGCAGGUCGUGACGAGGAGCCGCAGCAGAGAGAUGUGCGUUUCUACGUUCAAAAGGCGUGGAGUGCGUUUGUGUCUGCUCUUGAGGCUGAUGACGUGGCGUCGGCCUCGUCUAUCCUGUUCGGUCCCGACGCCGUGACGCUCAUGGCUCCUGGUUCUGACAGCAUCACUCUUGCGACGGAGCUACAGAAAACGAACCUGCUUAAGGCAAGCCCCCUAUAG